UUGUAAACACUGAAACCCUUGGAUGGAGAACAGGCGACAUGGAACACAUUUGGAUUAUCAGAUGCAUUACAGUUAGUGAUUUCAAGUGUAGCAGCGCUGGUCGCGCGAAUAGUGGCGGUGUCAUGAGCACCGUGUGUACACUGCACGAGACGCGACACAAUUAGAACAUCCCCAUUAUAAUCAUAGAUGAUAAUCUUCUCGCGCUGGCAUUGUAGCUUCGUUUAAUAUAAUGGGAGUGUUCUUGUUUUGUCUAAUCGCGUCGCUCGCUUGCAGUGUAAAUGGGGUGUUGGAGCCUGUUGGCUCGUGUGUGGUUAGCAUUAGCCAGUUAGCUUUAGUGAUGGGAAGUCCGACUCGUUUCUGCGAAUCGGUUCUUUUGCAGAGUUCGUUAAAAAAAACCUGGGUUAAGUGAUUCAGAUAUUACGUACGCUGCCACGUAAUUGCGUCAUCUCGUUGUCACUGUUUUGCCAAAUUGUGAUAUUAAUGAAGUAACGUGUCUUAUUUCAGUUUUUGAUUAAAAACAAAAUAUUUUUAAAAUAAUAUAUAUAUAUUUUACAUUAUUUUACUUUACAUAUUUGUACUAACGUUUUGCACGUGUUGAUAAAGCUGCCAUACAAUCACAUUGUAAACAUAUCUCCAAUAGAUUUUAAUUGUAUCAUUUCCGCUUUUUAACUAUUAAAGUAGUUUUGGUUUACUCGAAAUGCUCUUACUGUCAGUUCUUUGAUUCAGCCAGAUUCGUGGACGAAGCGUUCUGAUUGGUCUUGUGAACCGGUUCGACCAAUAUAUUGAAAAGAUCCGACUCAAAAGAACGAUUCGUUCACGAAUCGGACAUCGCUAAGAACCUUUUAAACGAAACAGAGCGCGCCAGGAGUUAAGACAAAUCCUCUGACAUGUUAUCGUUUCGUUAAAACGCUUGUUAUGGCUUUAUUACAUUCUAGUGUGGAGUAAUUUUAUUGUAUAGAUGAUUCUGGAAUGGCUUACAGAUGAAACGCAUGCUAGCUUGCGUAUGUGCUGGUGUGAUAAAUCUUUUGUGUUGAAGCGGGUUUAAUUUAGCGGAAAUGUUCUUUAAACGGGGAUGAUCUCAGAGAAUAGUCAAAUGAAAGCGUCUUAUCAUGUAAUCAGCAUGCACAUUAUGCAAUCAGAUGAACCCAGCAGGCCUCUGUGCUGCAAUGAAGUCUGGAUUCCUGUCAUCUGUCAAGAGACUGCACAACACUUCAAAUGCAAAAAGUGACACAGGAAGCAGUUGAUCUAAAAUGGGAGACGAUCGACCUUUUGUCUGCACUGCCCCGGGCUGUGGACAGAGGUUCACCAACGAGGACCAUUUGGCAGUGCACAAACAUAAGCAUGAGAUGACGCUGAAAUUCGGACAAGCUAGAACAGACACCGUUAUCAUAGCAGAUCAGACACCCACUCCCACUCGAUUUCUUAAGAAUUGUGAGGAGGUGGGUUUGUUUAGUGAGCUAGCUGGCUCUUUCGAGCAAGAUCUCCGCAAAACACAGGAGGAGGAGGAGAGGAGAAUUAAGGGCACGCUUCCAGCUCUACAAACACCUACAGAAGUUAAAGAGAGGGAGGGGCCUCUUGAGAUUGACUCCUCCCCUCCAGGCAGCCCUGACUCCGCCUCCAGCAUGACAAACAGCAAAGAUGCAGUUGCCAUGGCAAAAGAGCCUAUUGCCAUGAGGAAAGCCAAGGAUGUUCCUCCACGAACUGCAGCGAGUUCCACCCCUACACCAACCAUAGUGCGCCCAGGCUCUCUCCCACUUCACAAAGGUUUCGACUCCAUGAACCCAACUCAGCCAUCUCCCACCUCUGUUAUCACCCGUACCCCUCCGUCAAACAGACUCAGCUCGCCGUCUGGUUCUUUUCCUAUGCUGAUGCAUCUUCCAAAUGGUCAGACUGUUCCUCUGCUGCCCAGUCCAGGGCAGACUUCAGUCAUAUCGCUUGCCAGAUCAUCAAACCCAGUGCCCAAUAUCCCAGGGAUUCCAGGCCCUCCUAUUGGUGGAAGCAGCAGUGGCUCCUCCUCUCCGUCUGGAUACAGUACACACUCUGAUGCCAAGACGAGGCUAAAAGCAGCACUAUCUCAGCAGAGUCCUAGUGGACCAGCACCAAUACAAAAAACAGAUCAGACACCAUCACCUGCUCAACCACAGGUAUCCCCUGCUCCACCAAAAGGAGGCCGCAGACGACGAGGGGCAGAUAUUGAGCCGGAUGAGCGCAGGCGCCGUUUCCUUGAACGUAACAGAGCUGCUGCUUCCCGUUGCCGGCAAAAACGGAAAGUGUGGGUCAAUGCCCUGGAGAAACGCGCUGAGGAGCUAGCUACUUCUAACGUCACGCUUACUAAUGAAGUGUCUAUGUUGAGGACUGAAGUGACACGUCUGAAGGAGCUGCUGUUGGCUCAUAAGGACUGCCCUGUUACUGCGAUGCAGAAAAAAGCAUAUCUCGCUGCAGGAGUGGAUGAGAGUUCAGCAUCGGCGCUGGUGAUGCCUGUGUCAGUACCGGCUCCGGUGUCGGUUAAUGGUCUGAGUGUGCGUGCGGCGGAAGCUGUUGCUGUUUUAGCGGGAAUGGGCUCGGGCCAGUGGAGAAACACAGCUGGAGAUGCUUCCUCCCAAUCGCAGCCCACAUCCAGAUGAUGAGCAUGUCGUUCAGCCAAUGGGAACUUAAUAUACUUUCAAAGGAGCGAAUCCCCCUUUCCCCUCAAAACUGUCAGUUCUGGUGUGUUUGUAAAUGCUCUCAUUUGACAAAUGGGAACAAAUGUUACCAGGCUCUGACCACACCCUGCUCACCCUUAGCCUAUCACAGACUCUCCCCCGGGCUAAGUAGCGACAUCAUAGGACUCCCCUUUCAGACUGCACAGACUAGGAAGCACUGCAUUGGAAAUGAAGUCUCUUCUGUCAUCUCUAUAAAAUACACCUUUACAUA